AUGCAACCUGAUAACGACCCACGACUUCCUACUUACGCAGAAGCAACUAGAGCGCAAGUGAACCACGCUCACGAGCACUAUCCAACUACAUAUCCAGCAUACACAAAUCCAAUAUCUCCGUACACAACAUCUGAGCUGCCGAAUUAUUCUCACCCGCCUUCGGUGCCACUCUAUCAGUAUGAAAAUAAUCAGUUACCUACAAACACUCCCGCUGCUCAACGAAUCCAUAUAAUUACGGAAAUAGUCCCGCAAUCCAGAUCCGUCAGCUGUACAAGACGGCAUGGAAUUUUUUGGGGAAUCGUCUUUGGUCUUCUCAUCUUUGCCGGCAUUUUACGGGUGAUAAUGUCAUAUCACAACUGA